UGUGUGCUGUAGACUACGUACACAGUGAUGGCAUUUUGCUUGUUGUUUUUGGCAGUCUUGUUCAGGAAACUUAUUUGUGAAGCUCAGAUCCGCUGUAGCUUGGUGUUAUUUCAUAAACAGAACAUAAAUAUAGCGGCAUAUAAUGGAAAAUAAAAAUGCAUACAGAUCCACUGAUAAUAUCGGAUUUAACAAGCUGCACUGAAGUUUCGGUGUUGGAUACUGGGACCGUCAGAAGGUGCACCCCGUGGAGACGAUUUCAUUCGUGGAAAGGGGAUGUCUGAUCUUGUCGUUUGAGAUUGUGCAUGCUCAAAUUCAUCUCCACAUCUGCCUAAUCGCCGGGACCACACCACUCCUGUCCCCUGAGACUCGGGCGUCAUCACAGCUACUGAUUGAUGAACCACCGGAAGCGCUGAUAGCUGCGCUCUAAGUAUACUCUAGCUCGGUAACUCGCUGCUCCUAUCCUCUGUGUUCUCGUCCAGUACCUUCGUAGAUAUCGAAGUUCUUUCUGACAUUACUUUGCUUGAAGUUUUAUCAGCGUUAUCUGCGUGAAGAAAAAAAGAAGACUUAAGUGGGUGUUCGCUGAACAUCAUUUUACGUCGGUUUAUAGCAACCUGCUGCGGGUGAACAUGCCCUCUCUGAUGCAGGAGGCUAGCUGGACUCGCUGAAGGUGCAUGAUGACAACAUGGCACAGAUGCUUCUGCCACCCGGACCAGACAGCUUCCGCCCGUUUAGCCGCGAGUCGCUCAGGGCUAUCAAGAAGCGCAUUGAAGACGAAGGGCCAAAGAAGCCAAAAGACAAGCGAGCCAAAGAUGAAGCGACCAUCCCCAAACCCAAUGGAGACCUGGAGGCGGGAAAAACCCUGCCCUUCGUAUACGGGGACGUACCCCAAGAACUGGUGUCCACGCCUCUGGAGGACAUGGACCCUUUUUACGGCAACAAAAAAACCUUUAUAGUAUUGAACAAAGGGAAGACGAUCUUCCGCUUCAAUGCCGAACCUGCCUUGUUUAUUUUAAGCCCCUUCAACCCUAUUAGGAGAUUAGCUAUCAAAAUUUUGGUGCAUCGAUUGUUUAGUUUUCUGAUCAUGUGCACUAUCUUGACCAACUGUGGGUUUAUGACCCAGGCAGAAAAAAAAUGGACAAAGAAUGUGGAGUGGACAUUCACAGGAAUAUACACUUUUGAAUCCCUCAUUAAAAUUCUGGCAAGGGGCUUUUGUGUGGGCCGGUUUACCUUUCUAAGAGACCCAUGGAAUUGGUUGGACUUCUGUGUUAUUGUCAUGGCGUAUGUAACAGAGUUUGUAGACCUAGGCAAAGUUUCAGCUCUCCGCACAUUCAGAGUAUUGAGGGCUUUGAAAACUAUUUCAGUAAUCCCAGGUUUGAAGACUAUUGUUGGAGCACUCAUACAGUCAGUGAAGAAGCUGGCUGACGUCAUGAUUCUCACCGUCUUCUGCUUAAGUGUCUUUGCUCUGAUCGGGCUGCAACUCUUCAUGGGCAAUUUAAAGCAAAAAUGUGUGAGAAUGCCGAACCCCUCCAAUUACACCGAAUCAAAAAUCCUGAUAGAAAACAUGACGAAAACUAUUACACUUGAUAAAGAAAACUACUACUUUGCCCCAAAUCAAAAGGAUGCCUUGCUGUGUGGAUUAAGCAAUGACACAAGCAGUGGUGCUGGGCAGUGCCCAGAGGGAUAUAUGUGUUUAGCAGUGGGUCCGAACCCAGACUACGGAUACACGAGCUUUGACACGUUUGGCUGGGCCUUCCUGUCUCUGUUCAGACUGAUGACACAGGACUACUGGGAGCGCCUCUACCAGCAGACCCUCAGGACGGCAGGAAAGCCCUACAUGAUGUUCUUCGUCCUCGUCAUCUUCUUGGGCUCAUUCUAUCUGGUGAAUCUGAUCCUGGCUGUGGUUGCCAUGGCCUACGAUGAGCAGAACCAGGCUACCAUAGAGGAGGCCCUGCAGGCGGAGAUGGAGUUCCAGGCUAUGCUGGAGCAGUUAAGAAGACAACAGGAGGAGAGUAUGGUCAUGACCAAAAUAAUAAGCGAUGGUGUAGAGUUGAACGAGGGCUUGUCGGAGUCAUCUUCAGAGGCCUCCAAACUUAGCUCCAAAAGUGCUAAGGAGAGGCGCAACCGAAAAAAACGCAUGAAGCGCCGAGAUGGGGAGAGGGGCGGCAGUGAGCGGUCGCCGAACUCUGAAUCAGGAGAGGACAGCGUCAAAAGGCCCGCUUUCCGUUACUUGGACGGCAGUCGCCUCUCGUACAAGGAGCGUCAUUCAUCCCCACAUCAGUCGAUCCUGAGUUUCCAAGGAUCCAUUUUCUCACCUAGACGGAACAGCCGGGCUAGCGUCUUCAGCUUCCGAAGCGGGGCGUUCAAUGAGAGUGAUUUCGCCGACAACGAGCACAGCCCCUUUGACAAGGGCAGCCGACGCAGCUCCCUCUUUCUGCCGCAGAGGCCCCGCUUCAGCCACCGGCUAGUGUCCCUCGGGGGGGCGUCUGGGGGAUCGCUCCCCUCCUCACCCCAUUGCCUUCAGGUGCCAGUGGUGACGAUAGACGGCCCCUCGUCUGGUGGUGAAGUAAGGCCCUGUACAUUUGUCACCCAACUGAGGGUCAGAUAUGGUUCUAGCUCUGCAGACUUGUUAGAUGACCGGGCCCUAAGGCAAAGGGCCCUGAGCGUGGCGAGUAUGAUUUCUCAAGUGGAAGAACUUGAAGAGGCAAGACAGAAGUGCCAUCCAUGUUGGUUUGAGCUUGCCAGAACUCUUCUCAUCUGGGACUGUCCCGUAUGGGUGAAAAUCAAGAAACGCGUCUACCGUGUUGUGAAGGACCCCUUUGCUGAUCUGGCCAUUACCAUCUGUAUCGUCCUAAAUACAGUGUUUAUGUCAAUGGAGCAGCAUCCAGGAACAGAGUUGCUAACACGUGUUCUCUAUGUAGGAAAUCUGGUGUUUACAGCUAUCUUCACUGCUGAAAUGAUUUUGAAGAUUAUAGCUAUGGACCCAUACUAUUAUUUUCAAGAGAGAUGGAAUAUAUUUGACAGUGUUAUUGUCAGCUUGAGCUUGAUGGAACUUGGGCUGGCAAAUCUAUCUGGGAUGUCUGUUCUCAGGUCGUUCAGAUUGUUGAGGAUCUUCAAACUUGCUAAGUCAUGGCCCACUCUGAAUAUGCUGAUCAAGAUCAUAGGGAACUCAGUAGGUGCCCUGGGCAACCUGACCUUGGUGCUGGCCAUCAUUGUCUUCAUCUUUGCUGUGGUUGGCAUGCAGCUGUUUGGCAAGAGCUACAAUAUGUGCAAGUGCAAGAUCUCAUUAGAUCUCAACUGUCGACUUCGCUGGCACAUGGAAGACUUCCCCCAUUCCUUCCUGGUUGUGUUCCGAGUGUUGUGUGGCGAGUGGAUUGAGACCAUGUGGGAUUGCAUGGAGGUACACGGCCCGGUCAUGUGUAUCAUUGUCUUCAUGAUGGUCAUGGUCAUCGGAAACUUGGUGGUCCUCAACCUCUUCCUCGCACUGCUGCUCAGCUCGUUCAGCGCGGACAACCUGACAGCCGUGGAAGAUGACAGCGAGACGAACAACAUUCAGAUUGCCGUGGCUCGGAUUCAUAGUGGCAUUGUUUGGGUGAAACUCAAAGUGCGUCACUUUUUUCAGAGCCUCUGCAUAAGGAAGAAAAAGCCAAAGAAGCCCUUGGUCAUGGUCAAGUCCGGGGACGACCAUCCCAAGGACAAUGGGAUCUACUUAUCCAACCACACCACUGUGGAGUUCACCAAAGACCUGGACUGUAUAAAAGAGGGCAAUGGAGUGGCUACAGGGUUGGAGGACACUGCAGAAAACUACAUCCUGUCCAACGAGGAUGUCUACUUGACUUUCAUCAGCAAUCCGGACAUGACUAUCUCAGUGCCCAUAGCUGCAGGUGAAUCCGACUUUGAGAACCUCAACACAGAAGAUUUCAGUAACCAGUCGUCUGAUAUAGAGGAUGACAUUAAAGAGAAGAUGGAAGAGGAGGAGGAGGAUGCUCAGUUCAGCUCUUCAGAGGGUAGCACAGUAGACCUCAGAGGUAACGGUGGAGAGUCAAUGGACCUGGAGCUGGAGGAGUCAAUGGACCCUGAAGCUUGUUUUACAGCAGGUUGUGUCCAGAGAUUCCCCUGCUGCCGUGUUGACAUAGAGAAAGGUUUCUGGAAGUCAUGGUGGACCCUAAGAAGGACAUGCUUCAGAAUUGUUGAACAUGACUGGUUUGAAAGCUUCAUCAUCUUCAUGAUCGUGCUCAGCAGUGGUGCACUUGCAUUUGAAGACAUCUACAAUAUCCAGAAGCCAACGAUAAAGCUUAUCCUGGAAUACGCCGAUAAAGUAUUUACCUAUAUAUUCAUCUUGGAGAUGUUGUUAAAGUGGGUGGCCUAUGGAUUUGUCAGAUACUUCACCAACUACUGGUGCUGGCUGGACUUCAUUAUAGUUGAUAUCUCUAUAAUCAGCAUGGUGGCCAACGCUCUGGAGUACAAUCAAGGUGCAAUUAAGUCCCUGAGGACACUAAGGUCUCUAAGGCCCCUCAGAGCCAUGUCACGUUUCGAGGGCAUGCGGGUGGUGGUGAAUGCUCUGCUGGGAGCAAUUCCUUCCAUCUUCAACGUCCUGCUGGUCUGCCUCAUCUUCUGGCUAAUUUUUAGCAUCAUGGGAGUCAAUUUCUUUGCCGGAAAAUACCAUUAUUGUGCCAAUGCUACCACAGGAGACAUAUUUCCCAGAGAAAUAGUUGCAAACAAAUCAGAGUGCAACAAGACAGAUGGGGCUAUUUGGAAAAACGUCAAGAUUAACUUUGACAAUGUAGCUGCUGGCUACUUGGCCUUAUUGCAAGUGGCAACGUAUAAGGGCUGGAUGCCAAUAAUGUAUGCUGCUGUAGACUCGCGUGCAGUGAAUGACCAGCCUGUGUUCGAAGAAAAAAUGGUAGCUUACGUCUACUUUGUUGUGUUUAUCAUCUUCGGUUCAUUCUUCACCCUCAAUCUCUUCAUUGGUGUCAUUAUUGACAACUUCAAUCAGCAGAAGAAAAAGUUUGGAGGUCAGGAUAUCUUCAUGACUGAAGAACAAAAGAAGUAUUACAAUGCCAUGAAAAAGCUUGGAUCAAAGAAGCCCCAAAAGCCCAUUCCUAGACCAUCAAACAUGAUCCAAGGAUUUGUUUUUGAUCUCAUUACCAAGCAGGGUUUUGACAUUUUGAUUAUGGUUCUUAUAUGCCUCAAUAUGGUAACCAUGAUGGUUGAGACAGAGGACCAAAGCGACGAGAAGACGGAAGUCCUUAACACAAUUAACUUGGUGUUCAUCGCACUGUUCAGCUCAGAAUGUGUCUUAAAGAUGAUUGCACUUCGCCAUUACUAUUUCACUGUCAGCUGGAAUGUAUUUGACUUCAUUGUUGUCAUCCUUUCAGUAGUUGGUUGUUUUCUUGCAGAGGUGAUAGAAAAGUACUUCUUCUCACCCACCUUGUUCAGAGUCAUUCGCCUUGCCAGAAUUGGCCGCAUCCUCCGUCUCAUCAAAGGUGCCAAGGGAAUCCGGACUCUUCUGUUUGCUCUGAUGAUGUCACUGCCAGCCCUGUUCAACAUUGGGCUCCUGCUCUUCUUGGUUAUGUUCAUCUAUGCCAUCCUCGGCAUGUCUUUCUUUGCCUACGUCAAGAAGGAGGACGGCAUUGAUGACAUGUUCAACUUCGAGACGUUCGGCAACAGCAUGAUCUGCUUGUUUCAGAUCACCACCUCGGCUGGGUGGGACAGCCUCCUGUCUCCGGUGCUCAACACUGAGCCGGACUGCAACCCGAAGAAGGAGAACCCCGGAAGCCGUUACACAGGAGACUGUGGGAGGCCGGCUGUGGGCAUCGCGUUCUUCGUGAGCUAUAUAAUCAUCUGCUUCCUGAUCGUGAUCAACAUGUACAUCGCCGUCAUCCUGGAGAACUUCAGCGUGGCCACGGAGGAGAGCGCCGAGCCGCUGGGAGAGGACGACUUUGAGAUGUUCUACGAGGUUUGGGAGAAGUUUGACUCCAAAGCCACACAGUUCAUCAACUACAACAAACUGUCGGAUUUCGCAGAUGCUUUGAACCCGCCUCUUCGCAUGGCCAAGCCCAACACGGUCCAGCUGAUUAGCAUGGACCUUCCCAUGGUGAGUGGUGAGCGCAUUCACUGUCUGGACAUCUUGUUUGCCUUCACCAAGCGGGUGCUGGGUGAGGGUGGUGAGCUGGACAUCCUGAGGGGACAGAUGGAGGAACGUUUCAUGGCCUCCAAUCCCUCCAAGGUGUCCUAUGAGCCAAUCACAUCCACACUGCGGCGCAAGCAGGAGAUCAUGUCGGCCAUUCUCAUCCAGAGGUCCUUCAGGAGGUUUCUGAUCCGGCGGACUGUCAAAAAAGGCUCCAGCUUAUUUAAUUUCAGGGAGGAGGAUGAAGAAAACCCCCCGAACAAAGGCUCGACGGACAAAUUGAACGAGAGCGCCUCCUCGGACAAGGGCUUGGACAGAAGCCCUUCCACACUGUCUCCUCAGUCCUGCAACAGUGUGACAGGAUCAGAAAAAGACAAGUAUGUGAAAGACAAGAGGGAGCAGGAGGUGAAAUGUAAAGACAAUGACCAGGGAAGUGAAGGAAGUAAGUGAAGGAGCCACAUGCUUUUGUUUUUGUGGCAAAAAAUUCAUAGCCCUCAAAUGUUACAGCAUCUAAACUCCCUUCUAGCUUUUGGAUGUCUGUCAAAAUAACAGCGCCUGCAGAUUGCUGCAAUUAAAGCUGACUGUUGCUGGCAUUCUUAGGCAUUUGGGAAAAACAUCCUGAGCAGUUAAUAUAUAUAUAUAUAUAUGAGGAACAUGAUGGUGGCUCAUUCCAAAGUGCUCUAAGUGCUGUGGCUGUUUCAUGUCAGCAAACUCUGUAUUCUUCAGCAGCUCUCAAAUGUCACUGCUGCAACCAGUGUCCGUCUUCAAAAUGCCGUACAUGUUUAAAUUAUAUGUCAUUUAAAAGCUGUUUUAAUCUGUUAUUGACAGUAUGUAAGACUAUUUGACAUGGUAUUGACAAUGGGGCGACUGUGCUGUAAAAAUAAGGAACAUUUUAGCUUAGGAAAAAUGCUUUAAUUUUCAAAGUGCAAAAGAUGAAACAUCUUGAGACUUGUGUGUUCAUCUCUUGCAUGAAAGCCCAUGGCUCUCCAUACACUGUGUGAGGUUUCUGUGAUGGAAAGCUGAACUGCUCGAGGCUAUGAGCAUAUGCCAGUGGUUUCAGGCCAGCUGCACAUAGUACAAAAAAUGUUGAUCAGAACAACAGACCGAUCCCACAAUAAACUAUUCUUAACUACGGUCCAGCUUAAGGCAACAUGUAGCAAUCUUGGCCCUCUGUAUGACACCUGAUCUGGAGGGGUGUGUUUCUUUUACAAAGCAUCACCGACAUUCUUCUGUAUUGUGAGCAUGUCUUGUUUUCCCCCCGAUAAAGCUUGCGUUCUCUGGUGUAUGGUCAUACCUCCCAUCAGCAAGAAGGCUUUGGGUCCAAAACUGGUAUUGCAAAGUACAAAAUUAAAGGGGACAAUGAAAUGGCAACCAUAUUUAGAGCUUGAUCUAUAUGUUGCUCUCAUAUGUAUGAAUUAUUUACUGUAGAUAUAUAAAUUCUAAAACAUACAAUAUUUAAAUGAGUUUCUUACUAUAUUGUACAAUUUGUACUACUAUGUAUUAUGUUUAUAUUGUUUAAAUUUACAAUGUAUGUCAUGAAAUACAUAUAUAUAUAAUUGAAUGUGCAUAAUGUAUUAUAUUGUCCCUUUUGUGUAAGCAAAUGCACCUAUGCAUUUUGUUGGGAGUUCCUUGGUUUCACUCUAUUCCUCUCUAAUUGUAGUAAUAUUGUAAUAUAUACAUUUUGUCUAUUUACUUUGUAAAUAUUUAUUUGAAGAAUUGUUUUUUGAUUUAUAUGACGGUAUGUAUCACAGUCUAAACUGCAGUUUUUAUUCAGCUACUUCCUCAAGUGAUCCAGCAAAAGAGAUGUAUAAAUGAAAUGCUGUGGUUAUUAUUAUUAUUAUUACUAUAAUUAUUAUUGACAUGUGCUAUAUCUCAUGUCUUAUAUUGUUCAUGACAAGCUAAUAGCACAAAGAGUAAAUAAUGAUUUCCAGGGCAGAUCUCGAGUGAGCAAGGCAGGAUAUGAUUGUGGCAGUGCAUGGAAUGCAUGGAAUUUAACACAUCCUUCAUGGACACUUACAUUUGUUUACAUUUUUAUAUAUGUGUUUUUUCAUCUCGUCAUGAUUUUCCUUUUUUUCCAUGAUCCCUCUGCAGAGACCACAUGACAUGUUUAAAUUGCAAUGCUAAGUAUAUUAUAAAUGUCACACUGGCUCAUUAUGCAUGUAAUAAAAGCAUUCAUUAUCUGUGUAUAAUUUAUAUGCAAACAGUAUAUGACAUGUAUAUGCAUGUGAUAUAUUUACAAAUAAUGAAUGUUUUGUUUGCACAGACACACCAUCUUUUAUAAUGUAUGCAUUAUGCUUGUAGUGAAUAAUGGGGCUGCAUGCACAAGACUGUUUUUUAAAGCCAAAAGAAUAAAGAUGCCAUGUACCUCA